AUGUGGUUAAAAGGGAAGCAUGUACUUGAUGGUGCAGACGGCCUUUGGAGGAUACACGAUUCAAUUUAUGAUUUGAGUGAUUUUAUUUCUUCACAUCCCGGUGGACCCCAAUGGAUAUCUAUUACAAAGGGUACAGAUAUAACGGAAGCAUUCGAAACACAUCAUCUACACGGUGUUGCUGAAACUUUACUACCAAAAUAUUUCGUAAAGAAAGCGGAUUCGCUUAGAAAUUCUCCUUUUACUUUUAAAGAAGAGGGAUUUUAUAAGACUCUUAAAACUAAAGUUCAAAGUAAGCUUCCGGAAAUUCCAAAAAAUGUUCGAAGAAAGAGUGACGUGAUCAUCGACUCACUGUUUUUAGCACUUCUUAUUACAAGUCCAAUAUGCUCGUGGUUAUGGACUAAGAACUUAAGUUUAGGUGGAAUCCUAACGAUUGUCGUUAGUUUCAUUCUUAGUGGGCUCUCUACAGCAGCCCAUAACUACUUUCAUCGUGGAGACAAUUGGCGAAUGUAUCUUUUUAAUAUAAUGGGAUUCUCGUACGAAGAUUGGAGAAUAUCACAUGCAUUGUCCCAUCAUUUGCAUACAAAUACAAUAAAUGAUUUAGAGAUAAGCAUGCUUGAGCCGUUUCUACAAUAUUUACCAUCUAGGGAAAAACCAAUUUGGGCUCAAAUGGCUAUUUUUUAUUACCCAUUUAUAUUUGCAGCAUCGCCUAUUGGACUUCUUGUAAUGGAAUUGUUUACUGCUAUAAAGGAUAAGGAUAGUAAGAAUUUAAAAUGGGCAAAUCUCAUACAAUUUUUUUUGCCGGCGUGGAUGUGGAUGCUCGGUGGUUUGUCAUUGCCGUGGACAAUACUCUUAUGGAUUGUCAUUCUUCUUAUUGCCAGCUACAUCUUCAUGAUGUUUGGUCUGACAGCCGGGCACCACUCACAUCAAAACUUCUUUGAUGGAGACAUACCAAGAGACAUGUAUUAUGACUGGGGUCUUCAUCAAUUGGACACUUUAGUUGAGAGAGUUGAGUACGAUGACAACCAUUUUAAAUCACUUACACGGUUUGGAUAUCAUGCACUUCAUCAUUAUUUUCCAACGUUGGAUCAUGCGGAAUUGAAAUAUCUUUAUCCUACCUUUCUUGAGCACUGCGAGAAAUUUGGAGUUGAAUUUCGAACAUCCACAUAUUAUAAAUCGUUUAUCAGUCAUAGUAAGCAAUUAUUAAGGAAACGCCUCAACAAUUUUAAAGAAAAAAAAACUUUGUAA